CCGCAGAGUCUUCAGGAGCGAAAGCGCACUUCCUCUGCUCUGGCUCGACCUGUGUUUCAUCUGAAGUCAUGACAGUUACACCAGUCCGUGAUCUGAGGAGGAUCUUACCCAGGACAUAUAAUCACAGGAGAGAGGUUCUGUCAGAGAUCGCUACGGUCGUGUCUCAGCAUCAGCACCUUCAGCCAGUGCUGGAGAGAUUUGUCUUUAAUGAUGGCACAGCGAGGACCUUGGCUGGUUUGACUGGAACAAUUAAGGUGUUUUAUGAAGGGAAACACUACAAUAUUCCAGUGAGUUUGUGGUUGAAGGAAAGUUAUCCGCGCACUGCGCCCAUCUGCUAUGUGAAACCCACGUGGGAGAUGCUGAUCGUGACCGGCAGACACGUCGACAGCAGUGGAGAGAUCCUGAUGCCUUACCUGGACGAGUGGAGACAUACGCAGUGUGACCUGCACAGCUUGAUUCAGGUUAUGAAGGCCGUGUUUAGUGAAGUUCCUCCUCUGCGUAUGCGUCUUUACCCAGAAGACUUCUUUAAUGAUGGCACAGCGAGGACCUUGGCUGGUUUGACUGGAACAAUUAAGGUGUUUUAUGAAGGGAAACACUACAAUAUUCCAGUGAGUUUGUGGUUGAAGGAAAGUUAUCCGCGCACUGCGCCCAUCUGCUAUGUGAAACCCACGUGGGAGAUGCUGAUCGUGACCGGCAGACACGUCGACAGCAGUGGAGAGAUCCUGAUGCCUUACCUGGACGAGUGGAGACAUACGCAGUGUGACCUGCACAGCUUGAUUCAGGUUAUGAAGGCCGUGUUUAGUGAAGUUCCUCCUCUGCGUAUGCGUCUUUACCCAGAAGACUCAGGUUCUGCUUAUCAGAAACGCUCAGUUGAGGAAAUCUCACACGUGACGCUGGACAGAGAGGACGAUCUUCCUUUCUCUGAACAUAAUGAAACCGUCUGUUAGCUUGCUAGAUGUAUCUGGAAUGUGAUUUUGUACACACGCGUUCUUGUUAAAGUAGACAUUUGCAUGAAACCGUAAACUUUUGUUUACAAAUAAUAAUGAUGAAUGUUAAAUUUGU